UGAUGACCUGAAGGAGGUAGGUACACCGACCUCUAAUGUCAUCUGUCAAAACGUUGGACUGACUGAGGCAGUGCCGUGUUUACGUCAGAGUGGGGCAUUAAAUUACUGAGGACAGUAGGUCGUGUAGCUAACUACCGGCCGCAGAAUAGUUCCAAUUCAAAGAUAUAUUAGUUAGUAAGUUUGUAUACAUUUUCAGGGGGAGGAAGACUUUACCCAGCUAGCUAGAUGCAAGUGACGUAGCUAGCUAGCUGGUGCGAGCUCUGUAUUUAAGGUGUGCUUGUGAAUCGAAUUGGCUUUAACAAGUUAAGUUUUUUUCAAAGAUCUGAAAGAUCUGAAUUGCACAUUUGAGUUGGAGACUGGGGAUGGACUUUCUUGCUGGCUGCAUUGGAGGUGCUGCCGGAGUCUUAGUAGGACACCCUUUUGACACGGUUAAGAAGAGGUGUUACUCUGUUAGUAGAUACUGCCUCAGAACAGUACACUGUAGUAAGACUCCAAGUCCAGAAUGUUGACAAGCCUCUCUACCGUGGAACUUACCACUGUUUCCAGUCCAUCAUACGUCAGGAGUCAAUGUUCGGACUGUACAAGGGCAUUGGCUCCCCCAUGAUGGGCCUGACGUUUAUCAAUGCCAUAGUGUUUGGAGUGCAGGGGAACGCCAUGCGUUACCUGGGCCAGGACACCCCGAUGAACCAGUUCCUGGCCGGGGCCGCCGCCGGGGCCAUCCAGUGUGUCAUCUGCUGCCCCAUGGAGCUGGCCAAGACACGCAUGCAGAUGCAAGGCACAGGGGAAAAGAAGUCCAAGAGGAAGCUGUACAAGAACUCCCUGGAUUGCCUGGCCCGUAUCUACAAGCGCGAGGGGCUACUUGGGGUGAACCGUGGCAUGGUCACCACCCUGAUCCGAGAGACCCCUUGCUUUGGAGUCUACUUCCUGACCUAUGAUUUGCUGACUCGUUCCAUUGGCUGUGAGCCAGGCGACUCUUAUGUAAUCCCCAAGCUGCUAUUUGCCGGCGGGAUGUCUGGGGUUACCUGCUGGCUGUCCACCUAUCCCGUUGACGUGAUUAAGACCCGUUUCCAGGCCGACGGUGUGGGCGGGGUCUACCAGUACAACAGUAUCGCUGACUGCGUACGUCAGAGUGUGAGGAAGGAGGGGCUUCGAGUCUUCACACGAGGUCUCACCUCAACACUGCUCAGGGCGUUUCCUGUCAACGCUGUCACCUUCGCCACCGUCACACUAGUGUUGAUGUACGCCCGGGGGGCGGAGGAGCCCAAGGAAUGUGAGUCGGAGACCCCUGGUGGAGAUCGCCACACUGGGCAUCCAGCCUGUGACCUGAGUCUUGGAGGGGUUACUCCCACUUGAGCUGCUCUGCUGUGUGACUCCUGUUUCGGCUAUAUCCAGAUAUGCAGUGUGAGACUGUACUUGACUUGUAAAUAUAACAGGGGAAGGCAACUACAUUUAGCCGCUGGGCAAUUCAUUUCUGAGCUGAUUGUCAGGGGUCAAGAACAAAAUUUGGAAAAAGUAAUCAACAUUGCAAAUUGACAAUGUCUAAGCCCAACAAUAUAUUGUAUCCGAUAAAAUAAUACCGUAUACAGAAACACGAUUACAAUAUAUUUAUAUUUUGUUAGUUGGGAACCAGUUUAAGUGAAUUCCUGGUGAUUUUUUGGUGUGUCUAAUAUAUUUGAUAUCCAUUUUAUGAAACUAUUCCUCUCCUCCUGUUGCCAACCUGUGUUGUAACCCAUGUUGAAACUACCUACAUUGCUUGUCUAAUGAUAUUUUACCAGUUUUGCUGAAAUGGCGGGGCACUGAUAUUUGGAAGAUGAGAUAUGGAAAGAAAAUGAAGCUAGAGACAAUAGUUUAACUCAAAUUGUACUGCCUCAAGACUACUGAUUACUACUGUAAUGGUCUAGUUAUGCAGUAAGAAUAUAUUUUUAGUAGUCUACUUUGGCCUUGGAGGUUAUAAACUAGCACAUGCACUCAUGUCCAAAUGAAAAAAACCUGUUCUUGAGCAAUACCUAAAACCAAGAACAUGUUUUCUGAUUGAAAUAAUGUUUACAAUAAUGCAUCUAUAAUUAUUUUGUUUUUGGAACAAAUGUUUGCUGAAUGUAAGGAGAGGAGACUUAGUAAUGUUUUCAUUUAUAUUUAUUUUCCUUUAUUUAUUUAUUUUUUCAGGCAUUAAAAUGGCACUGUGUAGAAUUCUGCCUGUCAAAAAUAAUAUGACUCGUCUCCUCCCCUAUUUUUCCCUUACCGAACAAAACCAGAAUAGUGUUAGAGGAGGCAAGAGAUGAGGUGGUUUGUGGAGGGAAGACUAGUACUACGAGUGUCUAUAGUAAGUAUGAAGAGAUUACAAGUCAAUUAAAAUAGAGAAUAUCUCAGGCACUUGAUUUUUUGAAUUGGUUUUAAAUAAGAGACAAUACAGAAGAUAAAUGGAAAUGGCAAAAUUCUAAUAAGGAGCCAUUAAAACAACAGAGAGAGACACCACUAACUAUACAAGAAAAAUGGAGACAACAGCGCCCAACAACACAGCAUACUGUACAUACAUUAUUAAUAAUAACAACAGGACCACAUGGCAGACAUACUAUAAACAGGCACAUGACAUUAUGUAGCUACAGGUUCCAGUAAUGUCAAGAUAUUUUCGUCUUAAAAUCUGUAUGAAUGAGAAUAAUAGCAUUUUCUUUUUGAAGGUAAAUGUCAAAAAUGCUAGAUGGAUUAUUUUUGUGUGUAUAGCAGGAAUGUUUGGUCCCUUUCAGAACAUUAUUAUUAUUAUUGUUUGAGAGUGAAUAUUAUAGUUGUUGCGGUUAAAUAAUCUUGUUGCGUCUCUUGGUUUAAAAACACAUUGGUUCUCCUCCAUAUUUAGACUUGGCAUGUUACUGUUAAGUUCUGGAAUUUAGUAUAUGUAUGACUAUCAGUUUCUGUAUCUGUUUACACUGAGUUGGCAUUACACAGAUUGGAUUUGGCAAAUCACAUGGAGUCAUUUUGGUCAGUAUUUCUAGGAACAUUUUCAAAUAAGCCCUGUAGUAUGAAAUAAAGAUGGAUGACAGAUAAAAUAAUAAAUGGAGGAAAAAAACUAUAAAUAAAACAAUUAAGCAAAUAACAUCCUAUCACGCUCACUGACAUGUAUAAAAAUGCUGUAUGCCCAGGUGACCUCGAUGUUGGAUCAAGAUGGCAAGUGGAAAUCUAAGUGACUAAAAGAGGGUUCAUUACUGGAUAUCUUGGAUGUCCCCCCCCACAUUGGAAACCUGGGAGAUAUUUUGGACUGGCGUGAUAGACUGGCAUCUCCACCACCAUCAUCAAAACACCAAACAAGGGACUAUCUUUUGGAAGUCAGGUGUUCCAUCCCUCCAGCAGAGUUCCAGAGACUUGUAGGAUCUAUCUCAAGGUGAUUGAAGCUGUUCUGGAGGCUUGUGGCCCACACUUUAUGUUGGUUUUUCCUUUAAUUUGUCACCCAUCACUAUAUGCAAGCAAGUUUAUUUAUAAAGCACAAUUUAUACA